GACAUAUCUCGACGCGCCCUUCCAAAGAAUAUAUACUUGUUAAUGCUGCGCCGACUGGCAUUUACUGUGGCAAGUAGGCCGUUCUCGACAAUUAUGGCUUCGAAACCACUCGAAGACGCCAUGAGGGCAAAGCUCAGUGAUGCGCUCAAACCGGAGAAAUUAGAAAUACACAAUGAUUCUCACAUGCACUCACACCAUAAAGCCAUGGAAGGCAAUACCUCAAAGGAGACCCAUUUCAGAGUGGUGAUAACUUCGGACGCUUUCAAAGCCAAGUCGCAACCCGCAAGACAUCGAAUGGUAUAUACCUUGCUGAAGGAUGAAAUGGCACAAGAAGGAGGGAUCCACGCACUGCAGCUUCGCACACGAACCGUUGACGAAGAUGCUCGACAAGCAACAGAGGAUGUUACCAGCUCAUAAGUGUAACACGUUAAGUCGAAUAGUUUCGUCAACUAUUGAAAGCCAUGACACACUUAGUAUAUUCAUAUCCAUAUCCAUACAGCAAGUCCGUCGUCCACAGCGAUUAACACGGCCGCAAGCGAACUGUGGAGGGCGCUGCUGGGGCAGACCAUAUAACAGUGAUCCACAUACAACCACUAUUUCGUCCGUUCGCGCCUGACGUAUUAAUUGAGAUCCGCCAGCGUUUAUCCCGCGAGGCAAUCCACCGCCUGAUUCCGCUUCGUACUUCGAUUCCAAUAGCACUUUCAGACCUGAGGCAUAGAUAGGUUCCUGACAGUGACUUCUGACGGCUCAGUUAUUGUCGCUAUCUGGCGUGUGCUUGGGCCGUUCAUGGUCCCUGAUAAUCAAGGAACAUGCGGCAUUCUCCACCUUCUCAACACUCUGAACCAUUGUCUCCAUCUUCUUGUCGAUUUCUCCGCCAAGGCUUGUUCCAUGGCAAGAUGUUGUAUCUAGUGCUUCAAAGGAGGAUCUCAGGUGCCUCAGGUCUGUUAGUAUCGAGCGGUCGACAAAUGAGUGACUGGAUUUCAAAUGUGGCAGUGAGCCUGUUGUCGCAAUGGCAGUGACUGCAAACCGCAUGAUUUCCCCCGACAGAUCGAAUAACCCCAGCGCGUAGUCGUCAACCGUUAGAGGAAUAUUCCAUAUCAUGCUUUUCGUUGCAAGCUCUCUCGUGACUAGCUUCCCUGUUCUAAGAUAGUGCUCAACUGCGGCAAUGUUAAGAAAAUCUCCAAUAAACCGUCUUAGGGAAGUCAGGGCACGAACAUGAGAGAGCCUCUAUGAAUUCUUGGAUCCCG